AUGUCCGCCGAAGAGCAAGUCCGGCUCCAAGACUUUGGCUCCAUCUUCUCCCUCGAUGGCAAAGUCGCCGUGGUCACUGGGGGGUCGCGGGGUCUCGGUCUCCACGCUGCCAGCGGUCUCCUCCAGGCAGGCUGUUCCAAGGUCUACAUCACCUCCCGGAAAGCCAAAGCCUGCGAGGAAGCCGUCGCCGCCCUGAAUGCCCUCCCCAACAAACGCCCCGGUGCUGUCGCCAUUGCCGUCCCCGCCGACAACGCGAGCAUGGACGACCUGGACCGCCUGGUCGCCGAGGUCCAGAAGACCACCGACCACGUUGACAUCCUCUUCGCCAACGCCGGCGCAUCCUGGGGCGAGCGCUUCGAGAAGUAUCCGGAGCCGGCCUUUGCCAAGGUCAUGGAUCUGAACGUGAAGAGUGUGUUUUACGUGGUGCAGAAAUUCGCCCCCCUGCUCACGGCUAAGGCCACCCGUGACGCCCCCUCGCGCGUUAUCGUCACCGGCUCCGUCGCUGGCAUUGGGGUCGGCGCCGUGGGCAACAAUGGCACCCCCGCCUACUCGGCCUCCAAGGCCGCCGUCAUCCAUCUGGCCAAGAACCUGGCCGUCGAGCUGGGCCCGCGCGGCAUCCUGUGCAACGCCAUCGCCCCGGGUGUCUACCCGUCCAAGAUGGCCAACGGGCUGAUCGAGGCCCGGGGCGGCCUCAAGCAGCUGGAGGAGCACUCGCCCAACCGCCGACUGGGGCGGCCAGAAGAUAUCGCCGGCCUGGUGGUCUUCCUGUCCAGCCGGGCGGCGAGUCAUCUGAACGGCGCGGUGAUCGUGACAGAUGGGGGCGCUCUCUUGAAGGGCAAAUUAUGA